AUGCCAGCAAACACGAGCGAAUGGGCUGGUUCCAAGAGCGCUGUGUCACCGGCAGCCCCCUUAGAGUUCCGACUGGGAAAUGCGGUGCCCCUGUUUCACCGCGAGCACAAGGGGCAGAUUGCACGUGUCAAAUCCACCGACGAAUACACAGCUUAUGAGGCAGCUCAGAGAGCGAAUGUCGCCGCAAAAGUCAAGUCUUCGCAGCUUAAAAAAAAGGGCCCCCCAGUUAAGCCCGCGGUCGCUUGGCUAAGUCACACACAACGACGCGACUCUUCAAGGGCCGCUUCUGCCGAUGCACCUGGCUGGAUGCAGACAAGCGCACAUCACCAUCGGAUUAUCUACAACCAAACAUCGGCAAACCUUACAUUUGUGCCGAACCCGACGACGGGCGCAAGUAGUCGGCCAAUGGACACACUCGAUCCUGCCCAAAGGCAGCGUCCUAGAUCUGCAGCCAUGGACCUUUACCCGAACCAUCGCGGCCGCAAGCACAUCCGCGAUCGCGCUGCUCGAAAAGACCACGCAUUUACGUACACACGAAGCAACAAGAUCACCACACCGCCUCGAAGGCACAAUGUUGAGAUGCAUUCCGCGGGAACAAUGGCCCUUCUUCGUGGUCUACCACGUCCAGACGAGGCCAAGCUCGAGCGCCGGCCGAAAUUAAUCAAAAGCCGGGUCGAAAUUAAUCAGAAGUUCGAACGCUGUUGUAUAAAAGUCAACUCUCGCUCGAUCUCGUCACUGCAAGAGCGACGAGGUUUCCUAGCGUAG